AUGGCUAUUUCCUGGGUAGCGUCGAGGCGUUAUAUCCCCUUUAAGAGAAUCUCGCGACGUUGUAUUCUAUCCAAGUCCAUAUCUACCCACCCAGGGAAGACUCAGAUCCAUCAGCCCCUUUAUAUUUCCCCUGUUGAUGCGGAGCCACUUCAUCGCUACCGCCAGGGCGGCUAUCACCCAGUCACCUUGGGAGAAUGCCUGAAAUCCGGACGAUACAAAGUGCUACAUAAACUAGGAUGGGGAGGUUACUCGACAGUGGAUGGUAUUUAUGUUGCUGUCAAGAUAUCCGUUGCUGAAAUAUACUGUAUUGGGCAGAAGCGAGAGCUGGAAACUCUGAAGAAGUUGGGAUUUCGGUACCCUCGUCUAAAACAUACAGUGCACUUACUUGAUAACUUCGAUCUGAAGGGUCCAAAUGGAUCUUACAAUUGCCUGGUAUAUGAGCUUGUGGGGCCUACCAUUCCAGACACAAUUGAUACACACUUUUCCAACGGAAGACUCCCUGGGAAGCUCGCCAAAAUAAUUGCCAAGCAAAGCCUUGUCGGACUUGAUGGCUUGCACCAAAUGAAUAUUGCACAUAAAGAUCUGCAUACCCGCAAUUUGGCCUUUACUGUGCCUUGUAUGAACAAUGCAACUGAGAAAGCAGUUUACUGA